AUGAAUAAACUAAAGGCAGGGAUAGAUUACAGAGGAGAGGAAUGCUAUAAAGAUAGCUUUCAGAGCUCCUUUCUAGUAGUUCUAUACGUACUAUCAACUAUCCUCGAGGGUUUUGACAAGAUUUAUCCCGACAGGGGCCCAAAAGUCACUGCAGACCUUCAAAAAGAGAUAUUACUUUUGGAAGUUAUGGCUCAGAAACCUCACAAAACAGUGGCGAGAAUGCUCGAGAGUAUUAUUGACUGGCGUAUUAUGGCAAUGGGGCUCGAGAGGGAGAUAAUCAAUGACGGCAGCGCGCGAGAAAUAAGUCAAAAUCGAAAAUUUAUCAAAGAACUGGGCGCUGCAUUUACACCAGCCAGGGUAGUGGAAGAAAUAGUCGCUACCCGAGAGAGUGGUGUCACCAAAGUCACCGGUGACCUUACAAUAACUACCAUUUGA